UGCAUGUCAUUUUUCUCACCAAUGUGCUGCGCUGGGGAGUUUGCAGAGCUCACAGUUUGCUUCAGGGACCAACAUUUCAGCUCAUUUGAGACCUCAUCCCAGCUCAGGCCGGCUGCAGGCUUGGUAGUGAAUUUCGACGUUGAAGUUCAAUUAAGCAUCUAGCCACAAGGGCUAUGAAGCUGGUUGCAGGGUUAGCCGUGCUGUGGCUGUGGGUUGCGGAGGCCUUGGAAAACUGCCCCAGUGCUUGUAAAUGUAGCCAGAAAUCCAGUACGGAAAAGACUGAAGUCAACUGUCAGAAAAGGGGGCUUCAGAGCAUCCCAGCCAAACUCCCUCUUGACUCGUGGAUCCUGAAAAUGGGCGAAAACUUUCUGCAGGACCUGCCAGGCAGCCUCCUGAGCUCCGUUCCAAAAAUCGAGAGUGUAAAGUUGGAGCGAAACUCAAUUAAAUCAAUACACCCUCAGGCAUUUGCUGGAGCUCAGCGUCUAAUGCUUUUGAAUUUACAAGGAAACCGAAUAUCCAAGAUCCCAGUGAAGGGCUUCAAAGAUCUCCUAAACCUGCGUUUUCUCAUGCUGGGCCAGAAUCAGAUAGCUAACCUCAAACCUAACAUGUUUAUUGGAAUGAGGAACCUGUCAGAGUUGGAUCUGCCCCUGAAUGCUCUUACUGCUCUUCCACCAAAUGCAUUCAAACCUCUGAUUGCCCUCAAAGUCCUGGACCUAUCUUUGAACCGCAUCCAACGAAUCUCACCCAAAGCCUUUGUUGGACUCGAAGAGUUGCUUUUUCUCAACAUGGACAACAACAAGCUGAAGAGUAUCCAAGCUGGUACGUUUGGACCCCUGACUGGUCUUGAGAUGCUGGUGCUAGACAACAAUUUGCUCUCCACACUAACUGUGUCCACUCUGGAGGGUCUUUCAAACCUGCAGGAGCUUUAUGUCAGAAAGAACGAAAUUGAGAGCCUGCCUGCAGAUGUUUUUCUCCACACACCUAAACUGACUCACGUGGGCUUAAGUGGGAAUCGACUUCAUGCAAUUGAUGGCAACAUGCUAGCCAACAUGCAAGGGUUGAAGGAGGUGUUUCUGCACGAUAACCCAUGGAAAUGUGACUGCAGUAUCAACUCGCUGGUACAUUACCUGGCCCAGACGAAGACCAACCAUUCUCCACGGCAGAGACUUCGGUGCGCUAGCCCUGAAGAGUUUCGUGACAGAGCCAUCCAGGAGCUGAAAUCAGAGGAACUUUCCUGCAAGGCCUAGAAAAUCCUCACGUCUGAUAUCAUGUCACGAACAACCUCCAAAAGUUCGCAGCACAGCAUGAUAUUUCCUGCAACUGAAUGGUGAGGCUUCACACAACUCCAACCACAAUGACUUUGACAGGUUAAUGAUAGUGCGGCUGUUCUACAAAUAAUCAUAAUUUUCACCCACACCAGUUGACUAUUUUCAGGCCACCUGGAGAGCAGCACAUCCUACAAAACUGAGGAAGAAGUGUGCAUUUGUUAUUCGGAUAAAAUAUAUAUUUUAAACACUUUUCUCAGAUUUGUUAUACAGUAUUUUUAUGCAUUAUUUAUCUGGAUUGGAGUUUAUAAGGUGCAAUGGGCUAAAUGCACAGAAAGUGUUUUUCAGCCACAGAUGAAAGGUUAAUGUGACCAUUUUCAAUUUCAGAAGGUUAAUGAUAAUGUAAUUUAAUUAAAAUAUACUCAGUUAAAUAGACUUAAGCGUUCAUUUAGUUAUUCAAGCAUAAAACGAGAUGAAAGGCCAUUUAAAUGCAAGCACCAGGCAAUCAUUGAAACUCUAUUGAAAAUACUUUGGUAAAAUAAAUUUCCAUUUUUUAAAGAAAUGGCGCAGAACAAUAGAAUGUGACGGAGUGCUUCUUGUCCAGUCUGAGAGACACUUUAUAAUGUAUAUCAAUCAAUAAGGCAGUAAAUAUCUUUUUUUUUUAAUUAAAUCAUAUUAUGGCAAUAAAAAAAAAAUAAAACAAUUAAAAAUCCCUGUGCAUAUACCCUAUUUUAGCUAGCCAUUAACUACUAUAACUGAUAAACUACUAAUUUGCUGCUUUUCAAUAGAUAUUUUAAUAUUAAUAGAUAAUUUAUUAAUAUUGAUAGAUUAUUAAUAUUUACAGUAAGCUAGUAGUUGGGUUUAGGUAUUGGUUAGCAUUAAUAUUAUAUAAUAAAAUUAUACUUUAAGUACAAAUAAACAGACUAUAUCUUAAUAUAAGCAGGUAAUAAGCAAUUGGUUAGUAGUGACAAUUGGUACUUAAACUAAAGUGUUACUCUAAAGGGCUUUUUAUUGUUCUUCAGUGUCUAGAAAUGCUCUGAAAAUAUAAUCUAUUUAAAUAAUGUUAGUAGGCAAGUAUAACAGCUUGUAUUUUUUUAAAUGCCAUUAAGCCCUUGCUUAAAAUGAUUUAUCUAUGUGAUGUAUACAAUAUGUACACAAUAAACGCAGCUUGAGACUGGAAAUGCA